UAGAGAUGAUCUGAAUGUUGUUGUUGUACAGUCCUUCUGACAUUGACAUUGACUGUAAAACUAAAAAUUGUGCAAUUUUAAAUUAAUUUGCUUUACUGUUUUUUCGCUCGAGAAAUUUGAAAAAUUAACCAUAAAAUAAAUCUAGUUUUUGAGAUUAAGAUGUUACUAGUUGAAAAUAAUGGCAUUUUCUGAUUAGACCUGUCAUCAAAUUUGAUAAAUCCCUAAACCUACUCAGGUUAGGGGGUUUCUAAGGAGCAAUGGCUUUGUUGCAGAGAAUGAAAUAUUUUAGUUUACCUAAACAUAAUCUCAGAUUUUAUUGUUCCGCUAAACCUGUAAUUGGAGAAAAAUUAGGAGAAUUGUCCAUUUCUGAAUCUUGUGCCAAAAGGCUCAACAAAAUAGUGAGUGAUGGGAGUGCACUAAGAGUGGUUGUUGAAGGAGGUGGUUGUUCUGGAUUCCAAUAUAAAUUUGAGCUUGACCAAAACAUCACCGAUGAAGAUAGGAUUUUUGAGAAAGAUGGAGCCCGUGUGAUAGUGGAUGAGACAUCCCUGCAGUAUAUAAAAGGAUCAACCAUAGACUACCAACAGGAGCUCAUCAAAGCUUCCUUUAGGGUGGUCAACAACCCCUUGGCUGAGCAGGGGUGUUCCUGCGGCGCCUCCUUCUCUGUUAAACUUGAAUAAUUUCUGCUGAGAACUGGUAGUGAAAAUGUUUGUGAUACUAUGAUUAGGUCCUAUGAUGAAUAAAAUGUAAAUAUUAAUAGUUAA